UGUCUUCUUUCUCCCCUCCUGCUGGAUAUUACGCGGCCUCCGGGGAUACCCACAGAUGAGAAAGAGAUAUCUGGUUAUGAUGGUAUCAGAAGUGGUUUGACACUGAGCUCACAUGAGGGCCGUCCCCAGACCCUCAAUAUGGACCAAGAGAAGCAAUAUGUGGGUUUUGCAACAUUACCCAAUCAAGUCCACAGGAAGUCUGUGAAAAAAGGAUUUGACUUCACGCUUAUGGUAGCGGGAGAGUCUGGCUUGGGGAAGUCUACGCUGGUGAAUAGUUUGUUCCUAACAGAUCUCUAUAAGGAAAGGAAACUGCUUAAUGCUGAAGAGCGGAUUAAUCAGACGGUGGAGAUUUUAAAGCACACAGUGGAUAUCGAGGAGAAGGGAGUAAAGCUUAAGCUGACCAUUGUGGACACACCAGGCUUUGGGGACGCAGUGAAUAACACAGAAUGCUGGAAGGCCAUCACAGACUAUAUAGACCAACAGUUUGAGCAGUAUUUCCGAGAUGAAAGUGGUCUAAAUCGGAAGAACAUCCAGGAUAACCGAGUGCACUGCUGUCUGUACUUCAUUUCACCCUUCGGACAUGGGCUUCGACCGGUGGAUGUGGCAUUCAUGAAAGCUCUACAUGAGAAGGUGAAUAUUGUCCCUCUAAUUGCCAAGGCCGACUGCCUCAUACCCAGCGAGAUUCGCAAGCUCAAGGAGCGGAUCAGGGAAGAGAUAGAGAAGUUUGGUAUUAAGGUUUAUCAGUUUCCGGAGUGCGAUUCUGAUGAGGACGAUGAUUUUAAACAGCAGGACAGAGAGCUGAAGGAAAGUGCACCGUUUGCAGUCAUUGGCAGUAACACAAUAGUAGAGGCCAAAGGUCAAAGGGUUCGAGGUCGAUUGUACCCAUGGGGCAUAGUGGAAGUGGAGAACCAGAGUCAUUGUGACUUUGUGAAGCUGAGGAAUAUGCUAAUCCGGACCCACAUGCACGACCUGAAGGAUGUCACAUGUGACGUUCACUAUGAGAACUAUAGAGCCCAGUGCAUCCAGCAGAUGACAAGUUGUGGAGCUUCCGUAGUUGCACGUAACCAGUCCAGCAAACUGACUCAGGAUAACAGGAUAGACAGCCCCAUUCCCAUUCUGCCACUGCCAACACCCGAUGCAGAGACAGAGAAACUGAUCAAAAUGAAGGAUGAAGAGCUUCGGCGGAUGCAGGAAAUGUUGCAGAAAAUGCAGCAGCAGAUACAGGAGCAAUGAUCACCUCUUCAUGAUGGCACUUACCCCCUCACUACUCCCACACCCCAACCCAGCACCUCUAGGACCAGUAUGGAGAUGGAUGUGGUACCCAAGGACUCUUCACAGUAUCUUAUUUAUUGAUAUGAACACCCGUCCGACAUGAGCUUCUCCCUCUGCUUACUGACCUCUCCUGCCCUCCUGGAAAGCCCUAUAAUGGAGCCAGCACCUCGCAAGAAGGCUGCAUAUUUACGUCAGUUUAAGUUGUAUCCCUUUCACGUUUGUUUUAUACAAGGAGGAGUAAAAAGGAUCCUAGAAGAGUGCAGAAGCCAGGGAAGAGAGUAAAGACAACUGCAAAGCAUCAUGGGAUGGAAUGCAUGAUUUUCUAAGAGAGUUUAUAAAGAUAAAGGAUCUUUUACACAAUGAAAACAUAUCCCUAUUCUUUCACAAAGCUCUGUUAACAGAGCAGAAAGAGGGUUGUUUUAAGUGGGUGGGGGGGUUGUUUUCAAGUCUUUUCAGCCUUCACCUGAUUCCAGUUACUCAACAAUCUUGUGUUAUAUUUUAUUUGUACAGUGUUUCAGUUUUUUGGACUCAGGACAUUUUUUUGAUGUAUCAAUGUUUACUUGCAGUAACUUUAUUGAGACCAAGGGAAGAGACAGACCCUUGAGGUGCAGAGACAGAGAGGCUACAUAGGGUUUACCUAAGAGAACAGAGUACAGAACACACAACCUAUAUGACAAUAAUCUGCUUGUGUAUUGUUGCAUUUCUACAUUAUUUAUAUAAAUUGGUGCAAGAUAAUGGCUGCCAUCUAUAACAUCUCUGCAUAGAACUUCAUAGGCUUCCUUCUGCUUGAAGGGAAAUGAACCUCAUAGAAUGUCUGAACUGCAUGUUCUUAUUUAUUUCAUCUAUGACAAGAUUUAGAUUCAAAUUUUACAGGAAACAUGAAAGUUGAGGAAACUGUGAUCAUUUUUGGUGCAUUUUAUGGAAAGUGGAAGCUGUGGGAAUCACUUAAAAGUAGCAGGAUGUGUUUUAUGUGUCUGUUAUAUCACACAGAAUGUGGCCCCCGCAUUGUAACUACUUUCUAGGGUUCUAACUACAUAAAGUGGGGAUAAUUUAUAAAAAGUAGAAUUGUUAAUUAUUUAAUUGUAUUUCUGAAACUAUUGAAGUAUUGGUAAAUUUAAAGGGACAUUGAAUAGAAAGGGGACGUAAGCUGUGCUAAUACUGUGAAAUCACAUUAGGUUAACUUUAAAGGAAAUUUAAAAACAGAAAUAGUAAGCGUUUUACCUUUGCUAUUGAUGUCUAUAUAAAUUUGCUUCUAAAAUAUAACAUUUUCUGCUUAUAUUUGAAAUAACAAUCAUCCACUAACGAAAUGCUCUAAGAUGCUGGGGCCACAAGGCUUCUGCCGAAAUAAACGUACUCCUAUUUUUUUACAGACAUGCACAUAGGGCCAGGCAUCAUUAUGUACAAGGUCAUCGACCCUCAUAGCUACGGAUGAAAAGCGGGAAUGCCCGUACUUAGUGGUGUCAUGUUACUGGCCAAUUGUUUCAAAGUUAAAGUGAAUAAAAAACACAGAAUGUAUAUGGACAGCAGUAGCACUAUACGCAAUAUACUUUCUAUUAUUAUUUUUCUGUACUGUUUAAUAUCCCUUUAAAUUUAGCCUAUUGUGGUUUAUUAACACUUGCAGUCUUAGUACAACUUACCUCCAUUUUCAACAACUUACUUUCUUUUUCCAUGGGCUUACUUUGUAGCUUACAAGCUUUGACCUGAAAGCUGUGUUGUAUCCCCAUCACCACUACCCUCUCUGCCUUCAGUGACAUAUCAGACAAGGGUACGGCCACUGGAUUCUGAUGAUAUCCAAAUGCUUCUGAAUGAUGUGGCAUUUUGUAUCAAAUCCAUAAUCAAACAAAAUAAUUACUGGAUAAUAAUAUGUUUAACGCUGUUUUAUUACCCAAGAUAAAUGAAGUCAACACCAGGUGCAAACCCACAAUAAAUUAUUUUUUUAUUGUGAGGAUUUUUAUACAUACACUAUGCUUGGAUAUAUCAUUUUUUUAAAACUGAUUUGUUGGAGGCCCUUAAAACCUUAUAUAAUGAAAACUAUGGUGAUUCAUAUCUACUCUAUUUUGUUCACCAACAAUGAGAAGAUCUAUAACUGCAUACUCUAUAGGGACAUUCCUAAGCAUAUCGCAACCACAUAGGUAACCUAGUUAGCAGUGAGAGUCCAUUAAGUUAAAGGGACAUAAAACCUAAUACAUGUACUUCCCUCUAAUUAUUGCCGCUGCCAUUUUGGCACCUAGGUUAGUUGCAUUUAGGGAUGGGUGAAUGUGUUUAUAUUUGAAUUUGAAUGUUAGAACGAAUGUUAUUGUAGAAACAUUUAUACAACACAGUUGUAGACUAGAAAUACUAUUUCAAAUUUGAAUGUGACAUUUAUAAAGAAUUUAUGUAGCAUAUGAAUAUUACAUUUAUUAAACACAGUUGUAGACUAGAAAUACUAUUUCGAAUUUGAAUUUCACAUUUGAAUGUCACAUUCAAAUUCAAAUAUUACAUUUAAAAAAACACAGUAUUAAACUAGAAAUACUAUAUCGAAUGUAUCAAAAUUUGUUUUUUAUUUCGAAUUUUUAGAAUCAUUCGCCCAUCCCUGGUUGCACUGCAGAAAUAUUAACUAGAAUUGCUGAACAUAUGCAGACACAUUAGCACUGGAAUGCAGUGAAAGUUAGAUUUCAACCUAGUAGCACCCAUUACUAGAAGGAGGAGGUGGUGAAUAACCUCAGUUAUAUGCUUAUAAAAUGCAUUUAGUGUCCAAUGUCCUUUUGAUAUGUACAGAUAGUGAUGUAAUGCUGGUUGACACGGAUCUGUACAACAAAUGUCUUUGCACAAACCUCUUGCUAUUGUACCUGUUUUCUACUUAUUUUGCCCACAUUCCGCCUAUACUACAUGUUGUGUAGCGCAGAGGUCAGUAACCUUGGGGCCCCAGAUGUUUUGGAACUACAUUUCCCAUGAUGCUGAAACACUCUUUAAGCUGUCUGAGCAUCAUGGGAAAUGCAGUUACAAAACAUCUGAGGGCCCAAGGUUGCUGACUCCUGGUGUAGUGUACAUGUUGUAUAUUAGAUUGCUGUGCUGGCUCUUAUGUACAUACUCUGCAAACAAUACUGUUUAUACAUUGCUGAGAGGUGAUAAAGGGAUUAUUGUCAAAGCAUUACAUUACAUAAAUUUUGUAUAAAGUUAUAUUUUAUAAAGUGCAGAUGCAUUUAGCCACAUGUUCCAUUUGGUUAGAUUUGAUUAAAUACAUUUUUAAAAUAAGUAAGAUUUUGACAGGUCAAGUCCCUCCCUGAAGUUAUAAAAAUUAAAAUUCCUUAUUAUAUCAUAUUACUUUUAAUGAUCUAUUUAUAAUAAUUUUAAUCUUAAAUGGAUUAUUUAAAAAUAGAGGUUAAUUUAUGAUGGAUGUCUCCACGAAAAUAAAACUUGCUGUAAGCAGUCCUUAAAGGGACAUUAUACACUUUAAGAUAGUAAUAUAAAAUGAUAAAUCAUAUUUAUUAAUUCAUUUUUUAUUUUGUCCCCUUUUUCUGUAAUUCAAUUCUGAAAUUGUGAGCUUUUCAGUUCCCGUUAGAAAUGGAGGUGCAGAACACUGUUAUAUUCCACACAGCCAUUGGCUGCACACUCUAGUGGUGUAUUUUUAACUGUCCCUAAUUGGCCUCAGCAGAGAAGGUAACCUAAGUUACAACAUGGCAGAUCCCAUUGUUUUAUAGACAUUAACAUUUUGAACUUAUUUUGUCAAUAUUUAAACAGCGAAUUAAACUUUAAAAAAUACAUCAAUAUGUUAUUCUCAAACUAAUCUUUUUUUUUGAAUACAUCAUUCUAAAUCUAACAUUUUUUUAGUGUUUAAUGUCCCUUUAAAGACUAAAAUAUGAAUAUACCAAUUAUUCUCAAUGGGACUGAACUUGGUUUAAUUUAAUCUGUAGUAGUCAGCAUCCAGAACAAUGCUAAUAACCUGACAUUGUGUUCUCCCUCCCUUCUCUUACUUAUACAUACUACAUCUGUCUAUAGUUAUAUAUGCAUAUUUGAAGGAAAAGGAAGGUGUAACUGUGCGUGUGUGCAUCUUUGUUUUAUAAUUUUGGUAUAUUUGAUUUUAUAUAUGUUUGCUUAUAUAUAUGUUUUCAUGUGUUUGUAUUUAUGUAUGUAUAUAUAUAUAUAUAUAUAUAUAUAUAUAUAUAUAUAUAUAUAUAUAUGUGUGUGUGUGUGUGUGUAGGCAUUAUUGUUUAUACUUAUCUAAUUUCUUUCCAAUCUACUUUUUAUUGUAGUAGUGCAUAUCGCAGAAAUGUUUACAUAAAAAAGUCAUCAUCAAUACUUUAACCUGUGACCUGCAGACAAAAUGGUGGUAAAGUCAUGUGCACUCACAUUCCCCUUCAUGCACUUCUGUGCCAGCCUGAGCAAUCACUGACAGGGGAUGUAUGAUAUGGAGAUUGUGUGUGCAGUCUCUAAAUAAGUAUAAUGUUUACAUGCUUAUUGCAAACAUGCUUCAUAUAUGCCCUGCUGUACAAUAAACUCUGCCCCUUUAACUUUCAGCGCUACAUUUUUUGUUGUUUUACAAAUACAGGCCAUACACAUACUAACUUAUAAAUGUUCUAUGCUUUACUUGCUAACCUUUGUAACACAGUGAUCUUUUUACUCCACAAUAUUUAUUUCUAUAUACUUUUACAUACAGAAGGAAACCUGCACAAGCUGCAUUACUUUGCAUUCUAUGUAUACUAUAUAUUCACACACAUGCUUUUCUCAUUUAUGUGGCUUUGUAUUUUACAUUUAUUUCUAUGUGCUACCUUUUCACAAGCAAAAGCUUUAUUUGUAUGUUUUGCGCUGCACAAAAUGCCUUCACAUCACAUUGCUGUUCGAAUAAGCCCCUUUGUAUAUCAUUGAUAUAAUACUUUUAUUUAUUGUAGGCAGAAUACAUCACACACAGUCAUAGUGAAUGAUAUGCGCAUUACGCAUAUAUUUUAUUCUGCAUUAUUCAUACAUAAUUCUCUCAUUCCUACAUAGUGUAUAUUCCAAUGUCCAGAUAAUUAAAGCAUUUUAUAAAUAUUUACUUUGUCUUUUUUUAAGGGAUCGGAUACGUUUUUGGUUUUAUUUAUUAAAUGAAUGGAACUCAAUUUUGUAAUAAAUUGAAACCCCCCAAAACAAUUUCCUUUAUGAUUCAGAACAAACAAUUUUAAACAACUUUCCAAUUUACUUCUACUUCCAGUUUUGCUUAAUUUUAUUGGUAUCCUUUAUUGAAGAAUCAGCAAUGUAACACUGGGAGCUAGCUGAACACAUUGGUAAACUAAUGACAAGAGGUUUAUAUGCACAACCACCAAUCAGCAGCUAGCUCCCAGCUCCUAAACAAAUUAGAUCAGAGAAAUAAACUGGAAACUUGUCUAAAAUGGUUUGCUCUAUCUGAAUAAUAGAAAUAAUGUUUGGGUUUCAUGUCCCCUUAAAGGGGCACUAAACCCAAAUUUUCAUGAUUCAGAUAGAGCAUGCAAUUUUAAGCAACUUUCUAAUUUACUCCUAUUAUCAUUUUUUCUUUGUUUUCUUGCUAUCUUUAUUUGAAAAAGAAGGCAUCUAAGCUAAGGAUCCAGCCAAUUUUUGGUUCAGGACAUGGACAGCACUUGUUUAAUGGUGGGUUCAUUUAGCCACCAAUCAGCAAGCACAACCCAGGUUGUGAACCAAAAAUGGUCCGGCUUCUAAACUUACAUUCUUGCUUUUCAAAUAAAGAUAGCAAGAGAAUGAAUAAAAGUUGAUAAUAGGAGUUAAUUAGAAAGUUUCUUAAUAUUGCAUGCUCUAUCUGAAUCAUGAAAUAAACAAUUUGGGUUCAGUGUCCCUUUAAGGAUCAAUUUUAUGGACCAAGGGGUUAUGCAGCAUAUUUUAGGCUUUACCAGCAUAUUUUUCUCAGUCUAAUAUUGAUUUUAUUUAACAUUUCCCAGUACAUGACAAUACAGGGCUGUUACAUGAAUUAUUGAUCCUGUGCCUCUGUCACCUCACAAUUAAGGUCUUAGUCUCUACCCCACUGUAAGACCACCUUACAGUGCAUUCCCAAGCUGAAAUAUUUCUUAUACUAACUGUUGCUGUUAUUAAUGUUUACAACUUGAGAAUCCUAAUAAAUAUGUCAAAAUAUUCAA